AUGUCAUUCUACGACGAGAUCGAGAUCGAAGAUAUGACCUACGAUGCUGCUUUGGAGAUAUACCAUUACCCAUGCCCCUGCGGCGAUCGGUUCGAGAUCGCCAUCGCCGACCUGCGAGACGGAGAAGAGGUGGCAGUCUGCCCAAGCUGUAGCCUCAUGAUCAAGGUCAUAUUCGACAUGGAUGAUCUACCCAGAGAAGAGAAGGAAGACGCACAGAAGGUUGCUGUAGCGACCUGA